AUGAAAUAUGAGAUAAACGGCAUUCAAAUUCAAAAACUCGCUAAUCCAGGUAUAACCACUACAUUAAAGGGAUAUUGUUCGUAUAAUAAAACGAAUAUUACAUCACAUCACAACUCUGGCUGGGAUAACGAUAUUAAAAAUGCUAAUAAAGAUUUUAUUGAAAGCGGCAAUUUUAAUGGUUGUAUUAAUCUUAAAGAUUUGUUCGGUUUUUGUGAAGAUUACAAACGUAUUUUAAUAAAUUGUAACCAACAACUUAUAUUAAACAGAGCAUCACUGGAUAUAAAUGCCGUUAAGCAGUAUAAGAAUAAUGAAGUUGUCGCAGACGCUCCUAAACUAAAAGAUGUGAAAAUAAACACAACAAAAAUAUUAUGGAGAAUGCCCAUAGUCAAGGUCAGUGAUAAAGAAAAAAUAAGAUUGUUGAAAGUAGUAAACAAUCAGAAACCGUUGACAUGCGCGUUUAGAUCGUGGGAGUUGUGUGAAUAUCCUUUUUUACCUCAAAACACUUCGCAUUCCUGGAAAGUCUAUUUAAACUCAGAAGUGUUUCCCUAUGAAGAUUUCCAAAGCGACUUUACCAGGAAUAAGUUGGCUACAUUAUACCGCUUCUAUGUAGAGUUUCAAAAAUCUUACUACGGCCAUGACGAAGUGACACCUCUGCUGAACCGAACAGAUUUCAAAAAUCUGUGUCCGAUUAUGGUUGUUGAUAUGAUCAAGCAGAACGAUAAUGUAAAAAUGUCAACUAUCGACCUAAGGAUUGAACUAGAAACAGACGAAGCGUUCCCAGCUUCCACUUCAGCAUAUUGUUUAAUAUUACAUGACCAAAUUAUAACUUACAAUCCGUUUAACGGAGAAGUAAGAACCUUGUAA